UAGACCCAAUGUAUAUUUGAAACACGUCUUUAUCCGAUACGAUGUCACAGCCCCAGUUGAAUGACGGACAUCGUCUAUUUCUACAGUCAUUUAUGUCGAGAGGAAUCCUAAAUGCUAAAGAAGUUAAACAGCUGUUCAAGAUAUGCUGUCUGAAAUACAAUUUGCCAUAUCCAGAAAAUGAGAAAGAAGCUCAAGGUCCACUACUGGAGUUUGUAAGAACUGUAAAUCACCACAUAGGGCCUUUACACAUGCAGAUACGCAAGGGUAUCAGUGAAGAUGAUGGGACAAGUUCAUAUGGAUUGGUCUGUACAACAGAGUCUGCAAUAACAAAGUUGGCAUCUGACUAUACACCUAGUGAACUGGAAUUCUUUAAGAAACUGAUAGAAAUUAUUGUGGCAUCUGAAGAUGCUGAAGUAGGGUCAACAGAAGCCUUAAAUCUUGUUAGUCGUCUGGAAAAUGUUAAAAAACUCUCCAAAGAUGAUGCUGAGGACCUGCUGUCUCGGCUGGAAACAAAUAAAUGGAUAAAAAUGUCCCGGGGAAAGAUUAGUCUAGCAACCAGAUCCCUCCUUGAACUGGACCGGUAUAUAGAACAGAUGUACGAGGAUGUGGAAAAAUGCAAUAUUUGUAAGAAACUCUGUCUGAAGGGACAGACUUGUCCAUUCUGUGGCACAAAGCUUCAUUUCCACUGUUCAAGCAAAUUGUUUGAGAGAGAAGAAAAUCCUAAAUGUCCCAAGCAAAGCUGUAAAAAACCCUGGCCCCAUGAAAUCAGAAGGACUCCAAGGAGUCCAAGAAAAGAAGAGGUUUUGUACUCAAGAUCACCAGAAAAGAGCCAAAGAAAGAGAAAGGCUGAUACAAAUUAAUUAUUGAGAUGGUUCAGGGCUCCUG